AAGCUUCUGUUUCAGGACUAUACUUAACUUUAUGAACAUGAAAUAAGCCACCUUGAGAAACUGUACCAAUUCUAUCUCCCAUAUUAUGAAAUUUCAAAAGGUCAGUUGAAAAUAAGGUGUAUUACCAUUAAAUAAUAAUCCCUUUGUUUACCGGAUGCUAUAGAAACUUCCUGCUUUCAAUUCAUAUUUAUUGGUUGAAUAAGUAAUUAAAAUUAAUUAUUAGAACAGCUGAAAGAUUUAAUGUAAUAUUUAGUGUUCUAAAAUAAAUUACAUUUUAAUAUAGUAGGUAUUUAAAUUAGCGUUUCCCCGGUUGAUAUAUUUUCGUAAUCAAAGUAUUAGAAAAACAACUUCAGAACGGAAAAAGUACCCCACAUGCAUAGAUGGAAAUAAUCAUAAUCAAAGAUUACGAUUACAGACAUUUUUAUGACGUGAUUACGAUUAUAGUGAUUUGAUUACUUGAUUGCACGGUUAUAAUCUUUUCCGAUUACGAUUGUAAUCAUAUUGAUUAUCGUGUCUCAUUUUUGCUAUAUUUAUAGUUCUAUUGCAUACAGUAUAAAAUACGAGUGGUCAUUGAGCUUUUUUCUCAGUUGUAAUCAUUGAUUCCUAUUUUGCCCAUCUCUGCCCGCAUGCUGCUAGUUUGCUCGUAUUCAAAACCCGCAUUACGAAAAGACUAUUAAACUAUUUUUGUAUUGCACUUUCCCUCGAAAUGGUAAGGAAACUUUGCAGCGUUUUUGCGUUUUUGGUUUUUUAUCUUCCUGCACAUGAAAUCUCCAUCAUGUGGGAGCAGCUCCCGUUAUUUCAAUUAUCUUUAUCACUCAGGGGUGCCCAUCCCCCCAAGGUCAAUGGCGCAAGAACCUACCACCUCCCUCCUCCCAAGGUAUUUUAUUAGUCACAUUAUCUUGAAAACAAAUCAAGCUAAGAUAGAAUUAGACAAAUAGUAGAUGAUAAACAAUUACACUUUCUGCGGUCUGACCCAUGUUUUCCAUUUUUCCUCUAGUCCGAAAAUUCAUGGCGCAGUCGAAAUUUGCCCCCCUCAAAAAUUCAAAAAACAUAUCAAAAUAUGCUGCCCUCAAAAAUUUUGAUGGCACAACUUGCGCCAUGGAACCUCCUUCUGGGCACCCCUGUGCAUCACAAGCUUCAUAUUAUUGUUAUGUAUGUGAGUAAAUAUAUCUAAAAACUAGUUUGAACGAAUAAAAAAAAUCUCAGGAACUUUCCUAGCUUUGGAAAAAAAUCAAGGAUGACAAUUUCAUUAUUCAAUUCUUAUUUCUUAUUGAAAACAGUAAUGUAUAGAAUUCAGAGAUCGGGGAAUAGAUAUCGGAAAUUGGGAUGGAUGAUUAUUAUUUGAAGAAACAUCUCGAAAGUAGAGACAUACGGAACAUUGAGCUGCAGGCCUUAAGUCAUGAAUCGUUUAUGCUAAAUUCCACUUUUCACCCAAAAAAUUAUCAAUUUAAGCGGUAUAGUAAUUGAGGCCGAAUGUGUUAAACCAUAAACUUUAACAUUCUCGAAUUUCCUAUUUUUUCUGUCCUCCCCUACCUCGCCUUUUAGGCUAUACAGGGAUGUUCCCGGUCCAGGAGAGAGGACGGGGAAUAAGGCCAGAGUUAAAAGCCCUCAGGUACCGGAACUCGAAGUCGUAGGUAUCUUUUAUCUCAUAAACUCCAGUUUUAUCAAUCACCUAGUUGCCGGACAUCGUUGAUGCACUCGGCCGCCGCGCCUCCUAAGAUUCAAUCUCGAGUCUAACGAUGCAGUUUGGAAUCCAGUCUGGGUGAUUUGAAAUUUAUUUCGUGGCGGAUCCAUGGAAUGAAUUUCCUGAAUGACCUUUCUACUCUGAUUAAAAUAGAUUUUUUUUGUACCUUUAGAUCGACCUCCUCCCACCUUCCUAUGCCAUGUGGUUUAAAUAUUUUACAUUUAUUUUAUUUAUUAAUUUUCCACCCUCUCUUGCCUAUUAGGAUAUGCGCGUGUUUGCAGUUGUAGAAUGUUACACAUGACUGAAUGACAACUCACUAAUGCUAAUAAAACAUUUACACAAGUUUCCAGUUCUUGUUAAAUAUUCGGUGGCCUCAGCCAAGGGCAGUGUUUCCACUUUGGCGAAUAGGUUCCCUUUUUAGAGAAAUUCCAAGGUUGGGGAGAAGGGAAAAAUUUGUAUCAACUAAAGCUAAACCAAGCAACAGGCAUAAACGAGUAGUUACAUCUAAUAAUAAGUAUUGUUUUGUAUAUAUUUGGGUGGAAUUUUUCAGAACGUUCUGAGGUAAAAAUCUAACUGAUCAAAAGGGAAAUUAAAUAAAAUAUUGUGGAAAUUCUGGUCAAGGGAGACUUAGCGUUGGUCCUUCUUUCCUGGCCCGUGUUGAAAUGGACCCACUGCCGUCAUAAAUGCAUUCAUAAAUCAAUUUCUUGACCGAUGAAAUUUCUUCUUACUGAUAUUUCAAAUUUAUGGUUUAAUUUGUUCAUUUACUUGAAAAGUUAGGUGGAUCCCAUUCGGCAAUGAAGAAAAGGGCCCUCAUCGACGAUUUCGCCCCGUGCCACAGUAUUUCUUGCCACACCACUGGAUGACACAAAAAUAUUAAACAAUGGCAAGAGAAAGUCCCUAAAACGCUCGGGAACGUCCAACACGACCACCAAUACCAACAAUUGUUGUUAUUUUAGAACGAUUUUUCGAUUUCUUGCUUGGUGGCAGAAUCUUUCUUCCUUGUAUGCUGAUUUUAAGAAAUCUGAAAAAUUCUGCGUGUAAUUCUAACGAUACUAUUCUUCCUUUAAAUCUAUGACAAAUGUAUUUGUAUAGGGAUCUCUAAUUACUUUCACCAAGUGAGGGAUGGCGAAAGAAUAUUCAUUUCCCAAAUUUGAUCAGAUGCAGUCCUGGUUAGAAAAACUAACAAUCCCCAAAGUUGUGAAUUUUGGAGCGCAAUCAGAUUCUGGAAGCUAGGCCGAAAGAAGAAGGAAGAAGAUAGAACAGAAGAACUGUGUGCACAUCUAGUAGUAGUGUGUUAUUAAGUAUUCAUGCCUAAAACAAACUAUCGCAAACACCCGUAUUGCCAUUGUGGCAUGGGAGGGUGGAACAAAUAAAUAAAAUAAUAAGGAUUGGGAUUUGAAGUUGGAUAAUUCUUCCUUAACUUACAGUAAUAAUUAUAGGAACGUCGAUCUGUGGGAUGUCUGGUGCGUUGCCAUAACAGUCUGGCACGGCGUUUGCUAUGGAUUAACUCCAGGAUGUGCAUUGCAACUUCUUGCUUAUGCGGAUGAUAUCUACAUUGCUGGUCGAUCUUUCCAGGCAAUCUCUGAUGGAUUAUUGAAACUAGUAGAAACAGCAAAAAAAAAUGGGCAUUAAAGUUAACGCUGCAAAAUCCAAAUACAUGGUCAUUGAGGAAAAUCCCAGACCGGGCGAAAGCAUUACCAUCAGAGAAUUCUUCAGUGAAAAAGUGUCAGAAUUUAUUUAUUUCGGAUCCCUCAUAGCACAUGAUAAUGUUGUGGAUUCUGAAAUUAAGCGAAGAGUGCUAUGUGCCAAUCGUUGUUAUUAUAGUCUCAGUCCAUAUUUUAGGAGCUAUGCUUUAACCAGAAUAACAAAAAUCCUGUAUAAAACUGUUAUUGGACCGAUACACCUUUGUGCCUCAGAAACAUGGACUAUCUCCAAAACUGACGAGCAGAAUCUAAUGGUUUUUGAGAGGAAGUUUUGCGUAAAAUCUUUGGAGCUGUGACCAGUUAUGGAGACGUCGGACAAACCAGGAGCUCAAAGAUUUCUUUUAAGAACCAGAUGUGGUUCAUUUCAUGAAGCUUGAUAGAUUGAGAUGGGCUGGACACAUCGCUCGAAUGGCUGAGAAUGACAUUCCGAAAAAAAUCAUUGCAGUAGUAAUACACGGAAUAAGACUGAAUAGAAUAGACUAGAACUGAAAACAUAAAGAAUAUUUUCCAUGAAUAUCAUUAUUCUGAUGUUAAAAUAGAUUUAUAUAACAGCACAAACGGAUCCAGGAUUUAAUUUUUUUUUGUCUUAAAGUAUAAUUGCUCGUUUAAUGACUUUUAAUAGGACUUAAAGAAUCACUUAAACACCAUUUCAUAUAGGUAGUUAGUAUCUUUAUGUUUUUCUAAAGUAAUUAUCGUUAUAUAUAUGAAAAAAAAGCUUCCGGGCUGAAGCCCCCCCCCAAAUUAAAUCCUGAAUCCGCUAGUGGCAUGCAGUAAAAAUAUAAAUAUAAAAAAACAUUAAUAAAACGCCACUGUCAUAUAAGUUUUAAAUUGACAUAUAAAUAUAAUUUAGAAAAACCUAGAACAUUGGAAAAAAUAGAAAUAGAAAAUUAUUAGAAGCUACAUAUAUUACCAAUAACAACUAUAAAACAGUAAAUUAUAAAACUGAAUCAUUAGGAACACACUAUUUUAAUAAUAACUAAAACAAAAUUAUUAUUUCGAAUUUAUUACACAACUCAUCUUAGCUGACUAACAGUGAUAUAAGCAAAUAUCGAGAUAAAACAAUUACACCUCAGAAUAACAACAACAUAUGAUUUAUCAAGGUUCAUAGUACAAGUUUUGAGGUAAAGACUAAUUCUUGCAAUGUAAUUGUAUUGUUUUUAGAUGGUAUUAAAGUAAUUUUAAAUUAUUAAAUAACAGAGUUAUAUAUUUAAUGUAAUAACUGAUAAUGUUCUUUUUAUUAAUAGAAAAUGGGGAUUCAAACGUGAAAUAUUGACUAAUUAAAAGAUAUGAAUAAGAUCUUACUCUGCAACCUACAAAAAAAUGUUUAAAAUUACUUUGUAUUUCUAAUAACUGUUUCUCCAACCAACUUUUCUCAACAUCUUCCAACAGUCAACAAUUAUCCACUAUUAGAACAAAAAAAAAUUUAGCCUGCCUCAAAACACCAACAAGAAAAAAACAUAUUGGUUAUCAAAAUUGUUUUUGGAAAAAAAAUCAAAUAUUUGGCACCUUAGCCUUUGUUGAUUUUUUCCGUUCUCCUUUCUACUAAUUAUGCACUAAUGUCCAAAAAAAAAAGUAUCCUAAUAACCCAAGUAUUUUAAUCUGUGGGAUAUGUGUAUUUGCGUUCUUUAUUGUAUUUACAAAUAAAUAUAAAUUUAUUUCUAGAAAAAAAAAAAUUAAUUUGAUGCGUUAGUAUGUUUUGUUUUGAUAAUUUGAAGUUGAUCAGUAAACGAAAAUGACUUAGUAUUUUUAAUUAUCUGCAUGAAACUUAAUAGAUAUUAAUUUUAAAAUAAAUGUUUUCUCUCUAUUUACCACUUUAUUUCUCUUAAAUGCUGAAAGGUUCCAGACGAUACUUUAGAAAUUUUAUUUUAGGAAUUAAGUUUCUAGAAGUAUUGAGUACAGUUGGGGGGGGGGGGGGAGAGUAAUAAAUAUUUUCUAUCAGCUGUUAUCUAUUGCGUCAAGGAUUCCGGCUUUGGAGGUCGAGCAGUUUUUUUUUUUUUUUCUCCUUCUCGUCUAGAGAAAACAUUUUAUCAGACUUUCUUUGAGCUAUUGGGCAAAGGUUCAGUAUUGACCCCUUUGAGUAUUAUCUUUUAGUAUUGAUAAGAACACAGCAGUAGUAUAUCAUUCAGCUGUUUUCAUUUCUUGCCGAGCCCAUACCAAAUCCAGCAUGAGUUCAUUGAGACAAGUCAUUAAUUCUAAUUUGAAGCCAAAUUUCAAGACAUUUGUUAGAACAUUUGCCUCUGAAGGAAAAUAUCCUAAUGGAUAUAGCUUUGAAUUAAAUGAAACUCAAAGAGAGUAUCAAGACAUUGCUAGAAAAUUUGCUCGUGAGGAAAUAAUACCCAAGGCUGCUGAAUAUGACCGAACUGGAGCAUUUCCAUGGGAUUUAGUUAAGAAAGCACAUGAAGUUGGUGUUAUAAAUACCCACAUACCCCAAGCUUAUGGUGGCAUGGCAAUGGGGGUAUUCGAUGGCUGUCUUGUUGCAGAAGAAUUAGCAUAUGGCUGCACAGGCAUUGCUACAGCUUUAGAAGCAACUGGACUAGGGCAAACCCCUGUACUGAUUGCUGGAAAUGAUGCACAGAAGAAGAAAUAUUUGGGAAGGUUGAUUGAAGAACCAUUAUUAGCUGCUUACUGUGUAACAGAACCAGGAGCAGGCUCUGAUGUCAAUGGUGUCAAGACUCGAGCUGAAAAGAAGGGCGAUGAGUGGAUUCUGAAUGGACAGAAAAUGUGGAUUACCAAUGGAGGUGUUGCUAACUGGUAUUUUGUACUGGCAAGGACUAAUCCUGAUCCCAAAGCACCUGCCUCUAAAGCUUUCACAGGUUUUAUUGUCGAGAGAGAUUUUCCAGGGGUCACUCCUGGCAGAAAGGAGAUGAAUAUGGGCCAAAGAGCAUCUGAUACUCGUGGCAUAACUUUUGAAGAUGUUAGAGUACCUAAAGAAAAUGUACUUGUUGCAGAGGGUGCCGGUUUUAAAAUUGCCAUGGAAACAUUCGACAAGACUCGACCACCAGUAGCUGCAGCUGCUACAGGUCUUGCCCAAAGAGCGUUUGAUGAGGCUUUGAAGUAUUCAUUAGAACGAAAAGCUUUUGGUGCUGUUGCGUUUAUCUUGGCGGAUAUGGCAAUUGGCGUGAACACUGCUAGACUUUCUUGGCAGAGAUCAGCUUGGGAAGUUGAUCAAGGCAGAAGGAACACUUAUGAAGCAUCUAUCGCUAAAGCUUAUGCGGCUGAUGUUGCAAACAAGUGUGCUACCGAUGCUGUACAGGUCUUUAAUUCUAAUUUGAAGCCCAGUAUCAAGACAUUUGUUAGGACAUUUGCUUCUGAAGGAAAUUAUCCUAAUGGCUUUAGCUUUGAAUUAAAUGAGACUCAAAGAGAAUAUCGUGACUUGGCUAGGAAAUUUGCUCGUGAAGAAAUACUGCCCAAGGCUGCUGAAUAUGACCGAACUGGAGCAUUUCCAUGGGAUAUAGUUAAGAAGGCGUAUGAAGUUGGUCAAACUCCUGUAAUGAUUGCUGGAACUGAUGCUCAGAAGAAGAAGUAUUUAGGAAGGCUGACGGAAGAACCAUUAUUAGCUGCUUAUUGUGUAACAGAACCAGGAGCAGGUUCUGAUGUCAAUGGUGUCAAGACUCGAGCUGAAAAGAAGGGCGAUGAGUGGAUUAUAAAUGGACAGAAAAUGUAUUUUGUACUGGCAAGGACUAAUCCUGAUCCGAAGGCACCUGCUUCUAAAGCUUUCACAGGUUUCAUUGUCGAGAGAGAUUCUCCAGGGCUCACUCCUGGUAGAAAGGCUGUUGCGUUUAUGUUGGCGGAUAUGGCAAUUGGUGUGAACUCUGCUAGACUUGCUUGGCAGAGAGCAGCUUGGGAAGUUGAUCAAGGUAUGAAGAACACUUAUGCAGCAUCCAUCGCUAAAGCUUAUGCGGCUGAUGUUGCAAACAAGUGUGCUACCGAUGCUGUACAGAUAUUUGGUGGAAAUGGAUUUAAUUCUGAGUAUCCUGUUGAAAAGUUGAUGAGAGAUGCCAAAAUAUACCAAAUCUAUGAAGGAACUGCUCAAAUACAACGACUUAUCAUUUCUAGAGAGCUUAUUGAUCAAGCUAAGAAACAACUUAUUUAAAAUAUGUGUUGUAUAUUUUAGAACUUCAUUAAUUUCUAUUUAAUAGAAAACAGCUGAAGAUAAAAGUUCAAGUUUUCAUAUAGACUGAAUAGAAUUUAACGAAAUGCUAUAUAUAAGAUGUUAUUUUUUAUAUUGAAAAUUCGAUCUAAUUGGUCAAUAAAUAUUAAAAGCUGUGAAGUUUAAUUGUUACCAUUUAUUUAUUAUUUACACCAUAUUUUUACUGUUGUACUGGUUUGCUAAAUCAAUUGAGUUAAACUCCCUUUUUUUGUAUAUAUUUUUAUUUAAAACCAUUUCAUUAUGUAAUGUAAUUAUAAAAUUGAAAUAAAAUUGUACCAUAUAAUGUUAUUAUACUUGACAUGAGAUAUAUUCUUCCACAUAUAACAAUGUUUCAGGUAUUUUAAAUUAAUUUAUUAUAAUGUUGUGGAUGCCAUUUACCAUAAAUGUAAUUCUAGUAAAAGUUGGAUGAAGGUUUAAAGACAAUGAAGUAUAAAAACACAUAAAGUGAAACUUAUUGUAUUUUUUUGUGCUUUUGUUUCAACACACUGUGCAGGUACUUCAUCAAGGCUGCGCAAAGAUGCCAGAUGGAGUGAACUCCUUAAUGAGAUGACCUGGUCUUCCCAUUCAUUAAAUGAAAAUACGGAGGAACUGUAGGACCCAGUGAAUGUUUGAACAGGAUGGACCAACCAUUCAUCGUCCUGGCUCUGGAUUAGUGUCUAAACUGAGUCUCUCUAACCAUGAGGGGAGUCUGGGAGGACAUAUUUGAAUGUACAAGUCUGGAGACCACAGUUUCCUCUUUCUCUUUCUUUUCAUAGUACCAUUUCCUUUCAAAAUUUUGAUGUUGAUUCAACAGGCAAAUGCAGUAUUUAUAAAAAUAACACAUAUAAGUUGAAACAUAGUUUGUGGAGGUGAUUCACUGUGCAAUUCUGAGAAACACAUUCACUAGUCAGCUGGGGAUGUGUUGUUCAUUUUUACUUUCACUUACCUCCUAUAUAUAUUAAGAGAAAGCAAUAUCUCAAUUUUUGGCCUAAGGUCUCCUAUUUAUUCCUUUUCGUUGCCAACUGAUUGAUUAGUUUAUUUCCUCGAUACAAUUAUUUUUAAGUAUGAUGCAUCUUGGCUUCAUCUCUUUCAUAAAUUGCCUUGGUCAGAAAAUGCUUAAAACUUUUUUAUCUAGCCUUUUCAGGUCAGAAUCAUGCUUGACCAUCAGUUUUCCCCCCUUAGUUAAUUGUUUAAUUAAGAGUACUCACUUGAUAGAGGUUAGUUGUGCCCCAGGCGUGUCUUCGGACUCCAGGGUCCAUCUCCUAAUGAAAAAUUAGGAGACAUCAGCCGAAUUGGAA